GCCUUGUUGGCACCAGCAAAACCAGCAAGAUAGCGAGAGCUACUAGCUCCUACGAGAAGUGGUAGAGAGAAAAACAGCUGCUGGCGGCCGGUCUGAAGACGACGCCGAUCGAGACCAUGAAGAGCAGCACGCUCCUGCUGGUGAUCCUGUGCCUCCAGGCCGCUCUGGUCAUGGGGAUCUUCGCCGCUGUGGCUAAAGAAAAUGCCGUGGGCGAGAGCAAGGCCAUCGACAUCAACCCGGGGCAGCUCAAGUGCUGCACCAACUGCAACUUCUCAUUCUCGGGGCUCUACACCUGCGACGACGUCAAGAAGAACUGCGACCCCGUCUGCAAGAAGUGCGUCGCCGUGCAGACGUACUCGGGCAAGAUGUUCAAGUGCACCGACACCUUCCUCGGCAUGUGCGGCCCAAACUGCUAGAAGAUUUGCUGCUUGUGGUUUACUACUGUGUGUCAUUGUGCUUCUGGGUUUGUGUGUUCGAUUCUUGUUCUCGAUGGACGUUGCACGCCAACAAUAAACCGUUGUUUGCAAUAAAUAAAUAAAUAAAAUAAAGUUGUUAAAAAAAAGUUGAUGCUAUAGGCAUGUUCCUUAUA